AUUGGGUAAAUCCCUGUUGAUGAAGACUGGGUCUGGAACCGCCGUGGUGGUUGUUGAGAAGAAGUGAAAAACCUUCAAGGGCCGGCCUCUGUUGCGCGGUUGAUCUUUGCCUUUGAGACAUAAUUACUUACAUAUCCAACAUACCCUACCGCACUCUCUGACUCUUCCCCAAGUUGGCAUGUUCGUGCGGUGAAGGUUUUGGUCCGCCAUGUCCAAGUUGUUUUCAACCCGGGUCAGGCCCGCGAAUGGAGACGGGGACGGAGACAACAAGGGUGUUGUUCUCUCGGAUGACCAAGAGAGCCAGAUUGGUCACCUCCAGGCGGCACGGGACGCUAAGCGGCAGAUCGGCAUCGUCUCUGCCUCUUUUCUAAUCGUUAACCGCGUCAUCGGCACCGGCAUCUUUGCCACUCCCGGCUCGAUCCUGACGCUUUCCGGCAGUGUCGGCCUGUCCCUGUUCAUCUGGGUUGCCGGCAUCCUCAUAGCGGCCGCUGGCACGGCCGUCUACCUGGAGUUCGGCACUGCCAUCCCCAAAAACGGAGGCGAGAAGAACUACCUGGAAUACGUCUAUCGCAAGCCGAAGUUUCUCGUUACCGGCUUGUACACGGGAUAUGUGAUUCUGCUCGGUUGGGCCAGCAGCAACUCGGUCAUUUUUGGCGAAUACAUCCUCCACGCCGCCCAGGUCGAGGUCGACCGCUGGAAUCAGCGUGGCAUCGGCCUUGCCUGCAUCACCGCCGCCUUCCUCAUCCACGGGACGGCGUUGAGAUGGGGCAUCCGCCUCCAGAACGUUCUCGGCACUAUCAAGGUCAUCGUCAUCUUGAUCAUCGUCGUCUCCGGCUGGGUCGCCCUCUCCGGCCGUCUCAAGCUGCCCGAGGAUGAGCGGCCACACAACUUCACCAACGCCUUCGAGGGCACCACCGGCAGCGCCUACGGCGUCGUGACGGCCCUCUACAACGUCAUCUGGAGCUUUAUCGGCUUCUCCAAUGCCAACUACGCCCUGAGCGAGACCAAGAAUCCCGUCCGGACGCUCAAGAUCGCCGCCCCGCUGGCCAUCGGAACCAUCUCGCUCCUCUACAUGCUGGUCAACAUCGCCUACUUCGCGGCCGUGCCCAAGGAGGAGAUCCUGGCCGCCCGGCGGCUCGUCGCGGCCUCGCUCUUCCGCAAUGUCUUUGGCGGCGCCGCGGAGCGCGCCCUGUCCGUCUUUGUCGCCCUCUCGGCCUUUGGCAACGUCCUCAGCGUCAUCUUCUCUCAGGGCCGCCUCGUGCAGGAGCUCGGCCGCGAGGGCAUCCUCCCAUUUUCCCGCUUCUGGGCGAGCAACCGGCCCUUCAACGCGCCCCUCGCCGGCCUCUUUGAGCACUGGGUCGUCUCUGUCAUCAUAAUGCUCGCCCCUCCCCCUGGCGACGCCUAUGAUUUUAUUCUGAACGUGAUUUCCUACCCUCUCGCCAUCGUGAACGCCGCGGUUGCCGGAGGGCUCAUCUAUCUGUACCUGAACCGCAAGUCCUGGGGCUGGAACCCGCCCAUCCGCGCGACUCUCCCCGUCGUCAUCUUCUUCUUCCUCAGCAACAUCUAUCUCGUAAUCGCGCCCUUUGUGCCGCCCGCCGAAGGCCAGAACAUCUACAGCUCGCUCCCGUACUGGAUCCACUGCGUCGUUGGUUUCGGCAUCAUCUUUGCGGGCGGUGUCUACUGGCUGCUCUGGGCCGUCGUCCUGCCCAGGAUCGGUGGCUAUGAGCUGGUGCGGGAGACGGUCGUGGAUGACAUUGACGGCUGGGAACGCACCGUCUUCUUCCGGCGACCCAUUGAGAGCUCGUCGAGCAAAUGAGCUUCAACACGCUGUUUUAUACCCCGGUGCUUUGCUUUUUUUGUUCCAUGGGAGUUGGGAUUGAAGCAUCUUGGACGAUGUUUUAAUAUCGGCUGUAAUAAUAUGGACCCAAUGAAUAAUUAUACCCCUCAAGACUAGGUUCUUUCUGCACAGCUCAACCUUGUUAGCGUCA